GGGUGUGGACGUCCCCCUACAUUCAAUCCACUGGAGAUAACUUAACGCUGCUAAUAACUCCUGCUCUGUAACUGCAUUACACCGGAACAGGCGAACAUAUCUGGGUUGCUGGAGUGCUGUUGAGCAUCUCCGAUUGUGUCCCUCACUGUCCCAGAUGAGGGACUGAUGCUGGCCAGGACUCUCCUGAACCCCUUGGGCCUCCUCUCUCAACUCCUCCAGUUUAGUUCUACAUCUACUCCCACGAGUGCACCAUAGGAGAACAACACUCAAGCCAAAAUGGAUGACAUCUUUACGCAGUGCCGGGAAGGCAAUGCAGUAGCAGUUCGCUUAUGGUUGGACAAUACAGAGAAUGACCUCAACCAAGGAGAUGACCAUGGCUUCAGCCCUCUCCACUGGGCAUGCAGGGAAGGUCGCUCCAGCGUGGUGGACAUGCUCAUCAUGAGAGGAGCUCGCAUUAACGUCAUGAACCGUGGAGACGACACGCCUCUGCACCUGGCCUCCAGCCAUGGACAUCGAGAAAUUGUGGGAAAGCUGAUCCAGUGCAAAGCGGACACAAAUGCAGCCAAUGAACACGGGAACACACCACUGCAUUACGCCUGCUUCUGGGGCCAAGACCAAGUGGCUGAGGACCUUGUGACUAAUGGGGCUCAGGUGAGCAUCUGUAACAAAUAUGGGGAAACUCCCCUGGACAAAGCCAAACCUCACCUGCGUGAACUCCUCCGAGAAAAGGCUGAGAAAUUGGGUCAGAACUUGACUAAAAUUCCCUUCAAGGACUCGUUCUGGAAAGGCACCACCAGAACUCGACCCCGCAAUGGCACUUUGAAUAAACAUGCAGGCAUUGACUUCAAACAGCUUUCUCUCCUCACUAAAAUAAACGACAACCAGUCGGGAGAGCUGUGGCAAGGACGCUGGCAAGGAAAUGAAAUUGUCGUUAAGUUGCUAAAGAUUCGUGACUGGACCACAAGGAAAAGCAGAGACUUCAAUGAGGAAUAUCCCAAACUCAGGAUAUUUUCCCACCCGAAUGUCCUACCCAUGUUGGGAGCAUGUCAGUCUCCUCCCGCCCCUCACCCCAUCAUCAUCACACACUGGAUGCCUUAUGGCUCCCUCUACAACGUGCUGCAUGAAGGCACCAACUUUGUGGUGGACCAGACACAGGCGGUGAAGUUUGCGCUGGACAUUGCUUGUGGAAUGGCUUUCUUACACACACUUGAACCCAUGAUCCCUCGCCACUAUCUCAACAGCAAGAGUGUUAUGAUAGAUGAAGACAUGACAGCCAGGAUCAGCAUGGCAGAUGUCAAGUUCUCCUUCCAGUGUCCUGGCAGGAUGUACUCUCCUGCAUGGGUAGCCCCCGAGGCCCUGCAGAAGAAGCCAGAGGAUAUCAACCGUCGGUCAGCGGACAUGUGGAGCUUUGCUAUCCUGCUUUGGGAGCUGGUGACCAGAGAGGUUCCCUUUGCUGACCUAUCUAACAUGGAAAUAGGCAUGAAGGUUGCCUUGGAGGGUUUGAGGCCCACUAUCCCUCCCGGCAUCUCACCCCACAUUUGCAAGCUCAUGAAGAUAUGCAUGAAUGAAGACCCAGCUAAGAGGCCUAAAUUUGACAUGAUUGUGCCAAUUCUGGAAAAAAUGCAGGACAAGUGAGAAACCUCUUCUGCCCUCCCCUGUACUGAACCGAUGAAUUACUGGAUAUCUUCCCCCAGAUAUCACUCUGAUACUGUGGUGCUUGCCAGUAUUGCCUUAAACUUUUCACUCUACCGCUGCAUUCAACGCCACUGUAGCUUCUGCUUCUGAAAUGAAUCCAGCAGCAGUCAGUUCUUUUUAUAUUGUUUUUGUUUUCUUUUUUCAAUGUGAUAUCAAAUUUUUUUUUGGCUGAUACUGUCUGCGCAGGAACUUAAUAUGGACUGUUCAUCCUCUAAACUGUAAUCAUGUGGACAAUCUUCUUUAAGCGACCUAAUAACUUGUGGAGGUCAGCAUGACAGUCUGCAGCAUUGCUUCAUGUGGAUCUAAGGCCUUACUCUAAUAUGGAGUUUUAAAAAGUCACCCUACAAGGUGACUGCUCCGUUUUAUAAUAAAAGAUAUAACAUAUUAACCCAAAGCUUGUCUUGUGGGAAAAGAUUUAUGUUUGUUGUCAGCAACAAACUAUGUAACAGGGCAAGCAUGACACAUGUCUGAAACUAAGCAUUUAAACAUGAGAUUAAUGAGAAAAUGUAUAUGAAUGAGGGCUGCCUGCAAGAGUGCAUACAGUAGCAGGGCUGUGCCAUUCAGCUUGGCUGUGUAGUGGUGUGUAGAGCUUGGCCUGUCUUGAGCAUUGGUCCCUGACUGUAUCCUGUACAAAACUGGCCAUGCAAACCUUUUGUUUUUUUUCCAGUGCAGCAAAAAUGUUGAUGUUGAUUAUUGCUGUUAUUAUGGGAAGAUUUCUUUCAAGAUGCUUUGCAAGAUUGCUGAUUUUAACUAGAUUAUUUGAAUUUACUGGUGUAAUCUAGUUAAUUUUCAGUAUUUUCCCUUCAAAACAGUUUUAUUAUGAUUUAUGAUUCUGCUAUCUGUACUAUUGAACAAAGAGUAUAGUCAGCCUCUGUUUCACAAUGUCGCAAAGUGACUCAAGUGUUAUUUUCAUUUUGAAUACUUGUCGUAUCAGAAAAUGAAUAAUGCAACCCCGACUGUAAUUAAUCCAUGGACAUGUUAGCUACAGGUGUAGUUUGUUUUGUUUUCGAGCAUGGAGACCGCCUUUCCUCCAUGGAGACCUCCUGAUGGCUACAUCAGAAGCUGCUGCCAACAUAAGGUGACUGGGACAUUAAGGGGUGGUAUUAACAUCCCGCUAACUGCUCUAUUGUUUUCUCACUUGAUUUUAUUAUUUUGGGCCUCAAGGUGACUUCUGACUUUAUAUCAAUCUCAUGGGUUGUUGUUUCUUCUACCUGCAUUGUUUCUGUGCCUCCACCAGCUUGCUUGUUUGUGCUGAAUCACAGGUUGAAGCCAAAAUCAAGAAUGACUUAUACAAAUGUAUGUAUUUAUAUAUAUAAGUAUAUUAAAAAGGAAAAAUAUGGGAAAUUUGAAUGUGUGGAUUC